AUGGAACUUGAAGUUCACGGCUGCCCUGGAAGAGAUUCGGGAGGAGGCUUCAUCAAAGGUCCCAUGCUCCAGGGACUCCAGGGUGAGGGUAAACUGGACCCAGUCCCAAAACCCACUCUUCCUCCCUCUCGCCUCACCCUGUUCAUAUCUAGUUCUCACAUGGAAGACCAUGGGUUUCCAGCAAGGAGAAAUGGAUUGACCCAAGCAAGCUUCAGCUACCAGAUGCCCGCAGGCUGGGGCAGUCCCGGCGGCUUCUUCCUCCCUUGCUGGUCAGUGCCAACCCCCGUGGUUCUCAAGCCUCCGCUGCCACCCUGUCCCAUUUCCUGGGGAGAGCCUGGCCCUGCUAUGGAUGGAAGCCGAAGGACCCCCGCUCCCUGAGCAGCCCCCUCCUCUCCCCUGGUGCUGAUCAGAGGUCCUCGGGCGGCAUCGGUCAAAGCAAGGG